GUCCUGGCGGCCUCGGCCGUUCUCCGGACAAACUCACUGAGUGAAGCGGCAGGGCCAUGACCUUUGGGGCGCUGCUGCUGCUUCUGGGGGUGCUCGGGGCACCCUUUGCCCCAGGCGCCCGCGGCUCGGAAGCCGAAGGCCGACUGCUUGAGAAACUUUUCUCGGACUAUGAUAACUCGGUGCGGCCCGCGCGGGAGGUGGGAGACCGCGUAGGGGUCAGCAUUGGCCUCACCCUUGCGCAGCUCAUCAGCCUGAACGAGAAGGAUGAAGAAAUGAGCACGAAGGUGUACUUAGACCUGGAGUGGACAGACUACAGGUUAAGCUGGGAUCCUGCAGAACACGAUGGCAUCGACUCUCUUGGCAUCACCGCUGAAUCCGUGUGGCUUCCUGAUGUGGUGCUAAUGAACAACAAUGAUGGAAAUUUUGACGUUGCUCUGGACAUUAACGUCGUGGUAUCCUCCGAGGGCUCUGUGCGCUGGCAACCCCCUGGCCUGUACCGCAGCAGCUGCAGCAUCCAGGUCACCUACUUCCCCUUUGACUGGCAGAAUUGCACCAUGGUGUUUAGUUCCUACAGCUAUGACAGCUCUGAGGUCAGCCUGAAGACAGGCCUGGGUCCUGACGGGCAGGAGAGGCAGGAAAUCUACAUUCAUGAAGGGACCUUCAUUGAGAAUGGCCAAUGGGAGAUUAUCCACAAACCUUCUAGGUUAAUCCAACUUCCAGGGGAUCCUAGAGGAGGGAAGGAAGGACAUCGCGAGGAAGUUAUCUUCUAUCUCAUUAUUCGGCGGAAGCCUCUCUUCUACCUGGUCAACGUCAUCGCCCCCUGCGUCCUCAUCACUCUCCUGGCCAUCUUUGUCUUCUACCUCCCGCCAGAUGCAGGAGAGAAGAUGGGGCUUUCCAUCUUCGCCCUGCUGACCCUUACUGUAUUCCUGCUGCUGCUGGCAGACAAAGUGCCCGAGACCUCCCUGGCAGUCCCCAUCAUUAUCAAGUACCUCAUGUUUACCAUGAUCCUCGUUACUUUCUCAGUCAUCCUUAGCGUUGUGGUCCUCAACUUGCACCAUCGCUCACCCCACACCCACCAAAUGCCCUUUUGGGUCCGCCAGAUCUUCAUUCACAAGCUCCCGCCAUAUCUGGGUCUGAAAAGGCCCAAACCUGAAAGAGACCAACUGCCCGAACCACAUCACACUUUUCCUCCAAGAAGUGGCUGGGACCGAGGAACUGAUGAAUAUUUCAUCCGGAAGCCUCCAAGUGAUUUUCUUUUCCCGAAACUUAACAGGUUUCAGCCUGAAUUAUCUGCCCCGGACCUGCGACGAUUUAUCGAUGGCCCAACCCGCACUGUAGGUCUGCCUCAGGAGCUACGCGAGGUCAUUUCUUCAAUCAGCUACAUAGCCCGACAGCUGCAGGAACAGGAGGACCACGAUUCACUGAAGGAGGACUGGCAGUUUGUGGCUAUGGUUGUGGAUCGUCUUUUCCUCUGGACAUUCAUCGUCUUCACAAGCGUCGGGACCCUGGUCAUUUUCUUAGAUGCCACGUACCAUUUGCCCCCUCCCGAACCUUUUCCUUGAAGACCCGAGGAUCUUUUUACCAAGAGUGGCAGGAGCUCUCAAGAUGCAACCGCUCCUGUAAGAAUCUAGUUUCUGGGAAGGCGCUGAAGUGGGACUAUGGCUAGGAGGCAGGUGCCUUGGACCCACUUGAAAUGCCAUUAUUUAGGAUUUCGUCCUGCUGGGUUUUUGUUUUUAUUAUUUUUGAGACAGAGUCUCACUCUGUGGUCCAGGCUAGCCGGGAACUAUGUAUCCCAGGCUGGCCUCAAACUCCCAGCAAUGUUACUUCCUUAACCUACCAAGUGUUGGGACUACAGGCCUGGUGAGCCCACACACAUGGGUUUGGAUUCUUGAAGCUACACUGAAUGUGUAGCUUGGAUCUCUAAUGAAAUAGAAUUACAAGUCAUAAGUAAUAGAUUAUAAGCCUUUUGAGGACAGGAAAUGUGUUGGCUACUCUGAUGUCCCUAGCAAUGUAUACAGGUUCUAGCCUAUAAGUGCUUAACAUUCAUUUCAUGAAGAGAGGGGGAAAAUUCUGAAAUAUAUAAAAAAAAAAUACUGCCUACAAUA